AUGACGGUGGUAAAGGAGAAGAAGCCCUACUUCGGGCUAACAGGAGGAUGGCUCACUGUGUGGGUUACGAUUGCUUGUGCAACGGACAUGUCUCUGUUUGGUUAUGAUCAGGGUGUUUUCAGUGGUGUCGUAAUUACCAAGGACUUCCUUCAAAUUCACAAUCUCGAGGGACCAACCAAGACCACGACUUUAUCAACGGUGACAGCCAUUUACGAUGUUGGGUGUUUCUUAGGUGCUAUCUUGGCAUUCACACUUGGCGAGCGCUUUGGACGGAAGAAGUCUAUUCUGUGGGGAACCACAAUCAUGGCCAUUGGCACAGUUCUACAGGCCUCGUCCUUUAGUCUGCCCCAAAUUUUCGUUGGCCGUGUCGUUUCCGGUAUUGGAAAUGGUAUUAAUACUGCCUGCGCUCCAAUUUGGCAGUCCGAGACCUCGCAGUCACGCUGGCGUGGCCGCUUGGUAACAUUUGAGAUGAUGAUGAAUAUUGCUGGAUAUGCUACGGUCAAUUGGAUCAACUAUGGAUUGUCCUUUGUCGGAGGUGCUAUCGCUUGGCGACUCCCAAUCGCACUACAGGCUGUAUUCCUAAUUGUUCUUUGGUCUACUGUUCCGUGGCUACCGGAGUCUCCCAGAUGGCUUCUCAUGCACGGUAGAGAAGAGGAAGCCGUCGAAGUCAUUAGUUGCCUCGAGGCCAAGCCCAUUGACGACCCCUUCAUCAUCGCGCAACGUAACGAGAUUGAAUACACAAUCCGCUAUGAGCGUGACAAUGCUGUUCGGUGGCGAGACCUUCUCAAGAAAAACGAUAAUGACACCAAGACACUUCGCCGGUUGUUGCUCGGAGCUGGUAGUCAGUUCAUGCAGCAAUUUGGUGGCAUCAACAUCAUGUCUUACUACCUUCCUACCGUUCUGGAGCAAGCUGUCGGUAUGGGAGAAAGUAUGGCCCGCCUGUUGACUGCAUGCAAUGCCAUCUCCUACAUGAUUUUCUCGGGUCUCGCGGUUCUUCUGAUUGAGCGGAUGGGUCGUCGUGGCUUGAUGCUUCUUUCAACGUUUGGCCAAUUUAUGUGCUUCCUCAUCAUUACUAUUCUCUUGCGAUACUCAGAGAAUACUACUGGCGAUGAGAGCAAGAAAUACGGGUCGGCCUCUGUGGCAUUUUUCUUCUUGUUCCACGGUGCUUUUGGCAUUGGUAUGCUGGGAAUCCCUUGGCUAUAUCCCACCGAGAUCAACUCUCUACCUAUGAGAACCAAGGGAGCAGCCCUUGCGACCGCUACCGACUGGAUCACCAAUUUUGCGAUUGUCGAAAUCACUCCCAUCGGAAUUCAGAGCAUUGGCUGGAAGUUCUGGAUCGUUUGGACAGUGACAAACGCCUGCUUUCUACCCAUUCUCUACUUCUUCUAUCCAGAAACAGCCAACCGAAGCCUCGAGGAUAUCGAUACCUAUUACCGUUCCAACCCAUCUUUGAUUGUUACCAGAGAUCCCGAUGCCAUUUGCAGAGCCCGACCUCAGAAAUAUAUUGAGCAUGAGGAUGAGGAGGUUCGGAGGACUGCCAAGAAUAAGGUGAUAGGUCAGCCCGUGGAGGCAGAGCAUGUGGAAUACACAGGCGAGACGACGGCAUGA